AUUUCUCUCGCACACAGUCGCAUCCCAGCAGCGAGCCGAGCCCUCCCCUCCCGUUUCUCUCCGCCUGGAAAGAUGGCUGCUCCGGCGGUGUUGAGGAGCUCCGGCCCGCCGCUCUGCCCGAGCUUCGCGGAGGUCUGUUCGUUCUUGGAGCGCUACGGAGCGGCGCUGGAUCUGCCCGAGAUGACUUUCCCGCAGAUGGAGAGGUAUCUGCGGGACACGACUACAGUUCCCAAACCCCUUGUGGAGCUCCAUGUGAAGCUGCUCAGGAAACUGGGGAGGUCUGUGUCUGCUGACCGCUGGGAGAAAUACCUGGCUAAGGUGUGCCAGGAACUGAACAGCACCUGGGCAUGGGAGCUGGAACAGAAGGGCUACCAGGAGAUGUCCGUGGAGUGCAAGUCCAGCAUCCUGAAGUAUCUCUGCGAGUGUCAGUUUGAUGAAAACCUCAAGUUCAAGAUGGCGGUGAACGACGAGGACCCGGACAAGAUGCGUCUGAAGCCUGUAGGUCGGGACCGGCAGGGCCUGCUGUACUGGCUUCAGCUGGACCAGGAGCAGAACAUCCGGCUGUACACGGAGGAGCAGGAUGAUCUGGACGGAUCCACCUGGAAGUGCAUCGUCAGGACUCGUAAUGACCUGGCCGAGGCUCUGGAGCUGCUGAAGGCCCAGGUCGAUCCCAGCCACAGUCAGGAACGGGACCAGAACCAGGCCGGAUCCAGGAGCGCCAGCCCUGCAGAGAAAGCAGCUGGGCACGAGACGAUCAGAAGCUCCCACCCCGAGCCCUCCAGGACCUCAGAGGACCACAGCGAUGGCACGAAGGUCGACCCUCUAAAGGGAGAAAAACCAACGAGACCAGAGGUGAAGCAGGAGCUCGCUCCGCCCGUCAAACAGGAAAACGCUGAUGCUGAGCUCAAAGAGGAGAAGACGCUCAACAAACCGACUGUCUUCGAUAACCGCGUGAGCACCAUCACCACCGUCAUCAAGUCAGAAUCGAGGGACGCCGACGCCCCCAGGAACGCAGUGUCGGUCGUCAUGGCACCCGUGGCAAAACAGGAAGAGGAAGCAGAGCGAGCGGUCGUCAGGAGCAGCCAGCAGGCCAAGAUACCACUGAAGAAGAGGGAGCUUAAGCUUGCAGAAAGCUUCCACAGCAAUCAUCUCAGCAAGAGUAACAGCAGCAGUAUUAUCGUCUGUAACCCGUCAGUCAUCCACACCAAGGACAGUCAUGGAAGGGAGGGCAAGCUGUCCAACUCAUUGGCGCCCCCUGGUGGCUCAGCUGCCUCUCAGCCACAGUUGGUGGUCAGUGCAUCGAGGCUGGAACUGACCAACGGGAGAGUGUCGCUCCUGCCGCACAAAGACGGACAAAACGGGGUCGUAGGUCAGGUUAGCGUCGUGGGUCAUGUAGGAGUCAUCCGCCGCCCGGCUGAGCGUCACAGAGCCCCCGGCGCCGAGCAGCAGGAACAAAACGGUCCGGGUUUAGACCUCCGGGGCUCCAGAUCAGUGGAGGAACAACGGGAAGGGAGCCGGCAGUCAGUGCUGGUGAGGAAGGGCCUCUCAGAAGGUGAGACGGUAGCGGGAGCUGCACCCUCCCCACAGGCGGUAACGGCGGCUCAGACACCCAGGAAAGUGGACUCGGUUGGGGUUUCCUCGCUCUCUCAGAACACAGAGGAACCCAAGAGACAGGCUGCAGAAGAUCAGGGUAAAAAAAUGACAGAGGAGAAUAAAAGUGGGCAGGAUGAUGAGAGGAGAAGAGAGGUGCUCAGUGUGGCAGAGGGAUUAAAUAAAGACGACCAUGUGAAGAAUGAAAGCGCUUUAGGAGAAGUGGAGGCACAAUCAGGCAGCUCUGCUUCACCUCCAAAAGUGGACCUGCAGGAUCCAAAGGACCACCAGGGGGAGGGCGUCAAUGGUGGGUUAGCAGCACAGGACAGGGAGAAGGACGCAGAGGAGAGGCAGGGCCCCCUGGAGGAAGCCUCCUCUGAGCUCCAGAAAGAAGGAAUCAGGCUAAAGAUCAAGAUUCCUCCUCACCGCAGAAACAAGGUGAGGGGGAAAACAGUGAAGGAGGAGGAGGAGAGAGGGAGGGAGCCGGAGGCGCAAGAGGAGGGGAGGCCGCUGAGGAGGUCUGCGAGGAUCUGCAGGCCAAGCUCGAAGGCGGCUGAGAGCCAGAAGAAAAAGCCACAACGAAAGCAUGCACUGCCUACCAGAACCAGGGAAGAGGAGGAGGAGGAGGACGAGGAGGAGGAAGAGGAGGAGGAGGAAGAGGAGCAGAGCUCAGUUACAAAGAGAGACAAAAAAGCUGAACCAGCUGGGCAGAUACGAAAACGAAGGGGUAAACGAAGGCACCGGCGCCCCCGGUGGUCCAACAUUCGCUCAAAGAGGCGCAAACUGAACGAGGGAGGGGAGGUGGAGGACAGCGGGAGGAAACGGGGAGAGGAGGAGAGCGAAGGAGGCAGCGAUUCAGAGGAAGGGUCAUAUAAAUCUGAGGAGAUUCCCAGCGAGGACGCCUGCACCCACUGUGGCCUCCCCAACCACCCAGAGCUGAUCCUGCUGUGCGACUCCUGUGACAGUGGAUACCACACUGCGUGUCUGCGGGCCCCUCUCAUGCUGAUCCCUGAUGGAGAGUGGUUCUGUCCCCCCUGCCAACAUAAGCUGCUGUGUGAGAAGCUGGAGGAGCAACUGCAGAAUCUGGACGGCGCUCUGAAGAAGAGAGAGCGAGCAGAGAGGAGGAGGGAACGGCUGGUGUAUGUGGGAAUCAGCGUGGAGAACAUCAUUCCUGAGGGAGAUGAGGAGGAAGAGGAGAAGUCUGCGAAGAAGAAGGAUUCCAAAAAGAGCAAAAACCUUGGGAGAAGGUCAACCAGAACCAGGAAACACAUCAGCUACAGGUUUGAUGACUUUGACGAUGCCAUUGAUGAGGCCAUAGAGGAGGACUUCAGGGACCUCUGUGGAGGAGCAGGGCGGGGCAAAGACAUCACUGCCAGCCUGUCAGAGGACGGGAAGGAGAGUCAGCGGCCAAUCAGAAGCCAGACUCAUGCUGCUCGAUACAGGAAGAAGCGAAGACUGAAUGACCUGGAGAGCGACAGCACGGCGGCGGAGAGCGAAGAUGAGUUCAUGCUCAGCAACAGCUCAGAGGACGAGGAUUUCGGUGCAUCAGGAGCAGAUGAUGAUGAAGAGGAGGAAGACGAAGAUGCGGGCAGUGACGGCGGCAGCUGGGACCGCAGAACUCGCCCCAAAAAGGCGCUGAGAGGAGUGGCUAAACACAGACCCGGCAGGACCCGAGGGCGGGGCAGAAAACGGCUGAGACGGCGACGGAGACACUCCUCUGACGAGGAGGAGGAGGACAGUGAGGAAGAGAUGGGUGAGGAAGAAUUUAUUAUUAUUACAGAAGGAAUUGGGUGUAUUUGA